AUGAAACCUAACAAACUUACAGAAAGAACGCGACUUAAAGUAGUACUACCUGGAGAUUCAGUCUCUUUAGAUGUCAUGACUUCAGAAAUUACUCUUGGGCCAGGUCUAACGCAAGCUGGUGAAUUCAUAACUUGCACAAAAGCAGGUAUUCUUGUAUGCUCGGGAUCCACUUAUUGGGUUGAGAAUGAACAGAAAAGAUAUAUUCCUGAGACUGGUGAAAGUGUAGUUGGUAGAAUUUCCGGAAAAGGAAGUGAAUUUUAUCGGGUAGACAUUGGAAGUGCACACCAAGCCAUUUUACCGUUCUUAGCUUUUGAAAAUGCCACAAAAAAGAAUAGACCAAAUUUAAAUAUCGGUGAUUUAAUAUACGCAAGAGUUUCUUUAGCAAAUAAAGAUAUGGACCCGGAACUUCAAUGCUAUAACCCCACGAAUGGUAAAACUGAAGGGUUUGGCAAAUUAGAAGGCGGAAACACUAAAUAA